AUGAUGCGCCAACUUCUCUUCCAAGCCAGCAGGCAAAGGACAUUGGUCAUUUCUGUCGGCACCGCCUUUGUUUUGAUUUCUUUGUUGCUCGUUUCCCACAGCCAUGGACCCUUGAUCGUUGAUCGGGUCUACACUCGCGUCUACUCCGAAUACUCGUCACCACUUCCCGCCGUCGAAGACUUUUCCCAGUUGGUGUCAGCCCUCUGGAAGCCCUACAGACACCCACUCGACAGCCUCAACUACACGACUGACUCGGGCAAAUACUACGAGAUCGCCAACGGCUCCCAGCUGUGGCAGAAGCCGCUCGGCAAGGACGUCCUGAUUCUCGAUGUCGAUACGCGUGUCGACAACAAGGCAAGGGCCUUGGGCCCCGCCAUCUUCAACAAGGAAAAUAUGACCCCGCGCGCCGCCGGCAUGCUGAACCACUACAUCUAUGCCCAAAUCCAUGGCUACGACUACAAAUUCGUCAAGGCGCCCAUCUACCCCGACCGUCACCAGACCUGGGUUAAGGUCCCGAUGAUCCGCGAGGAGCUCAAGACGCACAAGUUUGUCGUCUUCCUCGAUGCCGAUGCCAUCUUCGUCCAGCCGCAGCUACCCAUCGAGUUCCUCCUCGGCCUCUGGAACAUCACCGACGGCACCCUCGUUGCCAUGGCCGAGGAUCCUAACUCGCCUGUAAACCGCGACGAGAAGGGCUGGGUGCUCUGGAACACGGGCUUCGUCGUCGCCCAGCAGAGCCAGCGCACACAGGAAAUGUUCAAGGUCUGGGACGAGUGCCCCACGGGCGAGCGCUUCCCCGGCUGCGAGAAGUGGGCCAAGGAGUGGGCGCACGAGCAGGCCGCCUUUGGCAACUACAUCCGCUACGCCUACAACACAACUGACGACCUGCGCGUCAUUCCCUGCGGCGACGGCAACGGCGCCGCCUACCUCGGCGACAAGAAGUGCCUCGGUGCUUUUGUCAGCCACUUUUGGGGCCACAAGGGCGUCACUGUCGAGUACCUCCACAAGAUGGUCGCCCAGGGUCUCAUGCGCAACACCAAGGACAACCACCACGACGCCGUCUUCAACGCCUUUGUUCACCCGCUGCAGGGCAAUAUGGACAAGCAGUUGAAGGAUAUACUGGCCGACUUGAGCGACACUGAGACAUGA